AUGGGCCAGACGGCAGGCGACCUCAGCUGGCGGCUCAGCCUGGUGUUACUGUCCUUGCUCCUGGCGCGAGCCGGCGUCUGGGGAUUACCGAGGCCUCCGAAGAGUCUGCAGGAGCUGAGCAGGGAGUUCGCGCUCAGCCUGCAUCUUGCCAGGAAGCUGCUGUCUGAGGUUCGAGGCCAAGCCCACCGCUUUGCUGAAGCUCACCUGCCGGGGGUGAACUUGGACCUCCUGCCCCUAGGGAAGCAGCUCCCCAAUGUGUCCUUGACCUUCCAGACCUGGCACCACUUGUCUGAUUCAGAACGACUCUGCUUCCUGUCCACGACCCUGCGGCCCUUCCAUGCCCUGCUGGGAGGGCUGGGGAGCCAGGCAGGCUGGAGCAGCUCAGAGAGGAUGCAACUGUGGGCCAUCAGGCUGGAUCUCCGGGACCUCCAGCGGCAUCUUCACUUCCAGGUGCUGGCUGCAGGAUUCAACCUCUCUGACCAAGAUGAGUGGGAGGAGGGUAAGGGGCACCUCCCAGCGGCUCCAAGUGGCUCUGUCCAGGGCCCGGCCCAGGUGGCCUGGCCCCAGCUCCUCUACACCUACCAGCUGCUGCACUCGUUGGAGCUGGUCUUGUCGCGGGCCGUGCGGGACUUGCUGCUGCUCUCCAAGGCCGGGCACCCUGGCCAGGCUUUGGGGUUCCCAUCCCCCAGCCCCCAGCCCUGACCCAGUUCACUGCUCAAGCCCCUCCCCUCACCUGGAGGACUGAAAUAGUAGCCCACAGCACAGACUUCAGCUCACUGCCUUGGACCAGCUCCUGGGGCCCUACCAGUCCCU